AUGGUGAUCAGUGAGUUCCCAAAACUUCAAGAUGAGAUGGAGACAUUUCAGGAAAAACUCCGGCUUGCUUUAGAGAAACACAAGCUUACUUUGAUGGAAGUCAUCGAAACAUACAAAGAAGACGUUGACGGCCUUCAAGUACAGCAACAAAAGUCUCAUGCGAGACUUGAUCAGCUUAUGGAAGAUGAAAGACUAUUGAAGAGCGAGAUUGAGAGUUUUGAACGGGAAAAAGAUGAGAGCGCUGCUAAAAUAGAGGUAUUCAGACUUCGCAAACAGCAACUUGAUGGCGAAAGAGCAGCUUUGGCGGAUGAUUCAGCUCAGUUACAACUACUUUUGGCCCAGAAACAUGACGAUGUACGACAGAAAAGACAGCAGCUCCAACAACAACAACAGCGUGAUAUUGCCGAGGCAAAUGUCUACAGUGAGCUACUCGGUCUAGAAAUCGAGGCGCCAGUACCGCAGGUCUUGCAGUUUGUUUUUCGUAGAGUACUGGAGUCUGAUCCUAGUGCAUCGUGUGAAAUUAACCUCGAUCUGUCUCAGGAAAGCUACAAAGUGAUAGAUUCCAGACCCAAACUUUCACCACAGGUUCUAAGUGACCUUUCAGUACAUCUAAAUGAUACUGGAGACCUAGGCGCGUUUCUCAAGGGGAGUAGAGCCGCUUUGAUUCGGGCUCUAGACGGCGGAUCGUAG